AUGGACGUUCGACCGUACCAGGGUGGAAGAUUUGAGGUAUACGUCACAAUUUUGACUUAUCUGAGCUUCAAAAUUUUUGACUAAUCCAUUCUGGAAACCUUACAACUCAACUAUUUUCAGAAAAUCGGAAGCGAAGAAGCCCACACAAUCGAAACUUUCGAACGUAGAAUUCACGGAACACCUCAUAGCGAGGUAUGCUUAAAAAAGAUUGAGACACGGACAUGUUAAUUUUUUCUAGCCAAAACGACAAGUUUCCUCGAAACAGUACACCGAACGAAGAACGUAUGGGCGUGAUGAGAACGGCGAAAUUGUGGUGAAGAUUGAGAAAAAUGUCAGUUGGUUCCUCAUAAAACUACAUGCAUAAAAUUAGAGAAGGGAAGAAAAGUAAGCAAUGUUCGUGUCGGGAAUUCCAUUUUUUUUUUGAAGCAGGUGCUCUCCCCUACCACCUGAUUCCUUCUAUGACUCUUUUUUACGUAUUCUUUUCUACGCAUGCUGUCAAUCAGCUCAAUUUUACUGGCCAUAGCGAAGAAUAAACGCUUUCUAGUGUCUUCACGACGUCAAGAAUGACAAAGUCAUCAAAAUCCUCCCGAAAUACAUAGCUCGUAUUAUUUGAGCUGAUUUUUUCUUUUUUCCUCUUUUUUUUCUCUGCGGAUAGAAGAAAACUGGUUGAAUUAUAACGGGGGUGAAUUGGAAUGAGGAAAAAAUCAACUUUCUUACUAUGUACAAUGUUUGCUUAUGCGAGAACGGAAGAGUCAGCAUUUUUUUUCUUUGUUUAUGAAUGGAUUAGACAACACUGCUUGGGCCAAAACGUGCAAUUUUCCUGCCCUUCGGGGGUGGGUCCAAAAAUUCACAAAAAUUUGCCGAUCAGAAAUCUUGCAAGUCUGUCUUGAAGAAGCGAAUGGAAAAACGAUCCAGCAAAAAAAGUUAAUUUCAGCCGGCGGAGCCAGUGCGUCCGGCAUCUCCAGUCCGACCUGUCACUCCAGUUGGCGGCGAAAAUUCGUUGAGUCGGCACUUGUUGCAAGUAAGUACAUGCUAGAGUCUACUUCUUCUUCUUUUUCCCACUUUAAUUGGACGUGCCGCACUUACACACGUCCCAAACCGCAAAACUCGCAAGUUUCGAGGUCAGAUGAAGACUCUGCAUUUGAUUUUUGAACUAUAAAUUUAAUUGGAGUGAUGUUUGAAGCCCAUCCAGCCUCUUCAUAUCCCACGCAUCGACAUCCAACCUGCCAACUCUUCGCGCCAUGCGUCACCGAGAAAACUGCAUUAUGGUAAGAGGGAAGUAAGCCGGGGAUAGAAUUAUUAUGAAAUUUGUAAAUUGAAUUGAAUAGGCAAUAGCUUUUGGUACGAAAAAUGAAAAAUUCGCAUCAAAUGAAGAACAAUAGAGGGGGGGGGGGAGGACAAGGGCAUUUGACGGGAGCGAGCACGAAAAUAGCGUGACAUCAUGAAACAAAGUAUACACUUGAAGAGAAAAUGAACGCGGAUCUAGGAUGUAUCUGGUUUGCACAAAACCAAUUUGUUCCGGAUGACAGACUCUUCGGCGAAGACGUCUGCGUCAAGUGAAGUUUAAUAAACUGUUAGAGCGACGUCAUUACUCAUCUCAUUGGUGUGCAAACGUGACGAGAUGACUUUUAGACGGAGUUCCAAGAACGACAGCAAAGUCAAAUGAGAUCUUUUCAAGAAAGUUGCAGAUGAGGUCUCGCCACGAUCCGGGUCUAUCAACAUGUUAUCGCCGAGAUCUGGACACUCUGCCUCGUCGAGAUCUGGAGCCGGGUCGAGAAACAGUAAUGUAUCGGUGAACUCUGCGAAUCUUCCACUAAAGAAGGUUGGUGUCUGGCAACAAUUUGAUUUAAAAAGUAUUCGCCGUUUCAUCAAUCAAUUCCAAAAUGAACAUUUUCAUUUCGAUUAGUGAUAUUGCAGGUAACCAAGAAAUCCCGAUUUGUUUCAAUCCACGACGGUCGGCCAGUCUCUCCUUACCGCGAAUCGGUCUCCUAUGAAGUGGCCAUUCCGAUACAGCCUGACAGAUAUUCUAGGUAUUUCAUUCAUGAUUCAUAAUACUUGAAAUUGAAACAAUUUCAGCGCUUCCGCUCGUUCCUACACCAGCUCCCCACACGUUUCGCGCCGACCCAGCGAAUGCGCGUAUCUGAUGGAAAACCCGCUCUACCAGGAUUGA